CUGGCGGAGCCACCGUCUCAUUUCUCCGCCGACUCCGAGCAGCUCGCGCCUCCUGCGGCUCCUCCGCCUGAUAAAAGUGAACUUUCCGUUUUUAGAGCCCAUUUUUAAAGUGCCAACAGAGCCGGAGCGGGAGGAGCACGCGGAGCCACGAGGAGAACUUCAACCCCCACUUUGCUGCUCCGGAGACGGCGGAACUGAGGUUUCACAACCGCACUUCUCGCCCUUUUACCUUUUUUUCUCGUUAUUGCCAAACUCUUUUAUUAUUUUUUUUCUGGACGCGCGUGAAGAGCGCACGCGGACACCAUGACUCGGAGAUCGUGCUGCAUUUACGUCACGGGGAUCGUCAGCGCUCACCUCCUCAUCCUCGGCAUCGCCUUGGUGGUGGCUCAGGUCUUCCAGACCAUGAUCCACGAACGCCUGAAGCAGGAAAUCACGCUGACGGAGAAGAGCCAGGUGUUUGAGUCCUGGAAGAACCCGCCCCCGCCCGUCUACAUGGAGUACUACUUCUUCAACGUCACCAACCCCUGGGAGUUCCUGCAGGGCAAGAAGGCUUCCGUGAAGCAGAUCGGCCCGUACACCUACAGGGAAUACCGGCCGCGGGAGAACGUCACGUUCCUGGAGAACGGCACCAAGCUUUACGCCCUGAACCCCAAAUCCUUUGUUUUUGUCCCGGAGAAGUCCGCCGGUAACCCCGAGGUGGACAUGGUCACCACCAUCAACAUCCCCUUUGUGGCGGUGAUGGACGAGCUGAACUCCUACUCCUUCUUCCUGCGGAGCAUGGUGUCCAUCUACAUGUCCUCCCUGGGCGUGGACGUCUUCAUGAACCGCACCGUCCACGAAAUCCUGUGGGGCUUCAAGGACCCGCUGCUCUCAAAGAUCCACAGCAUGAAGCCCGACGUGGACGAAUAUUUCGGGCUGAUGUGGAAGAAAAACGGCACGCAUGAAGGAGAAUUUGUCUUCCACACCGGGGAGCAGAACUACCUGGACUACGGCAAAAUCGACACGUGGAACGGCCUGAGGGAAAUGUCCUGGUGGUCGUCCAACCAGAGCAACAUGAUCAACGGGACGGACGGCGCCGUCUUCCACCCGCUGAUCAACAGGAACGAGCUGCUCUACAUCUUCGCCGCCGACCUCUGCAGGUCCAUCCACCUGGCUUACGUGGAGGACGUAGAGGUGAAAGGGAUCCAGGCGUUCCGCUUCGCCCCGCCGGAGGACGUCCUGAUGAGCCCCAAAGACAACCCCGCCAACGCCGGCUUCUGCGUGCCGGCCGGAGACUGCCUGGGCACCGGCGUGCUGAAAGUCAGCGUUUGCAGAGAAGGUGCUCCCAUCGUGGUCUCCUUCCCCCACUUCUACCAGGCCGACCCCAAAUACAUCAACGCCGUGGAAGGGAUGAACCCCAACAAGGACGAGCACGAGACGUACCUGGACCUGCAGCCUACCACAGGAGUCCCCAUCCGGGCCUGCAAGAGAGCGCAGCUCAACGUCAUCGUGAAGAGGAUCCCGGGCUUCCCAAAAACACGCCACAUCAACGAGACCAUCUUUCCCAUCAUGUUUGUCAACGAGACGGCGACCAUCGACGACGGGUCGGCAGCUCAGAUGAAGACGCUGCUCCUCAUCGUCACGCUGGUUUCCAACUUCCCCGUUUUCAUCGUGGGCAUGGGCAUCAUCCUGCUGCUCGUGCUCGUCGUCCUCUUCUGCCGAAACCGCCAGAAGAAGAAUGAAGUAAAACGUAUUGAUUUUAAUGAGGCUUUUCCUUCUUUUGCUACGGGGAAAGACGACGCGGCGUACACGCAGGUCAGCAGCAAACCCGACGACAGCUCCGAGACGCCGUCCGGCCAGAUGAUGCGGAACGGCUCCUACAUCGCCCUGUCGCCGGUGGACGCGCAGAAGUGCUGAUCCGGGAUCCCUCCUCCCGAACUCAGGAAGGCGGCAGCACGAGGGUGGGGGUGGGGGGGUGGGAGAUUCUGGGAAAAAACACAAACCUCGGCAAUGGGACACGCUCCGCCCCCGUCCUACUGCACACACACCCCCACCCUCACUCCCUUCACCCCGGACACCCAGUGGGCGUGGCCAAUGCCGGCCUGUGCCACUCUCCUCCUGAGGGGGCCGCGGUCCCGGUUCUCCUCUGUCAUCAGUGUUGUGAGGAACAGACUGUCAGAAACGUCUGCAUCCGCGCCUCGGACGCUUCAAAAGGCAAAAAAACGAAACAAAACACUAUUUUUAAGAGCAAAAUGAGCCAAACUCUAGCUAACUCUGAUCCAGUGUGAACUCUUUGCACUUGUAUGCUUAGCGGAUGAAACUGUAUUUACUUUUUUUUUUUUUUGAGGACCACAGGUUUUUUCUGACGUUCCAGCCAAGUUCCUGCUCUCUGCCAAACUCCGGUCAAACCCUUUCAAAGAGCUUCCAAGUCUCUGAACCCGUUUGCUGUGAUCGUUUCUCUGGAAAAACUACAUUUCUUUUAUUUUAUUUUUUGUCACGCAAACAAAAAAGGAAAGAAACGCCCACAAAACUUACAAGGGAGGCCUGAGCCUGUUUCUGCCUUACAGCGGGGCUGCAAAAACGCUGGAAAUCUGUGGCUGAACGUUCGUGAAAAGAGGGACCUGCUUUAGAAACUUCUGACCAAAGCCGGCGUGGGCGGGCCGCGGCGCCGGCGUGGGCGGGCCGCGGCGCCGCUGCUGCUGUUACAUUUCCUGGGAAGCACAGUGAGGAUGGAUGGAAACGGCCCCCACACCUGUGGUCUGUCGUUUCAGCGGCAGGCCGCAGCACUCUGGUGACUCUGUCCACACGCCGAACUCGCCGCUCGGAAGGCGCCCCGCACUUAGCCUGGACACGUGUUCGUCCUGCUCGUUUCAGCGUGAAGUGGUCCGCCCCACAUUUCCGGCUGCUCCUGAGCCGCGCCGCCGACGGACGCCUCCGUGUUUCCAGCUGACGGAGCGCCUCCUUUUCUACACUUUUGUAUUUGUUGUUGCUGCUAAACACGCCCCCCUGCGGAGGGGGGGGGGGGGUCAUUACAAUGUGCUUCAGGUUGAACUUCAAGGGCUUCAAGUCCUCGUCCUCCCCCUCCCCCCAUGGUGCCAACCGGCUGAACUCCUGAGCACAAGAUGCAAAGCUUUAGCGGUCACAGGCGGUGGAGCGCCGACUCCUGACCAUCGGUGGUCUAGUCAUUUCAGGAUCGGUGGUCUAGUCAUUUCAGGAUCGGUGGUCUAGUCAUUUCAGGAUCGGUGGUCUAGUCAUUUCAGGAUCGGUGGUCUAGUCAUUCCAGGAUCGGUGGUCUAGUCUUUACAGGAUCGGUGGUCUAGUCAUUUUGAGAUCGGUGGUCUAGUCAUUACAGGAUCGGUGGUCUAGUCAUUUUGAGAUCGGUGGUCUAGUCAUUACAGGAUCGGUGGUCUGGUCUUUACAGGAUCGGUGGUCUAGUCAUUUUGAGAUCGGUGGUCUAGUCUUUACAGGAUCGCUGGUCUAGUCAUUUCAAGUGGUGGUGGGCUUUAGUAAAUAUGGGGUUCGAACCCCCAAAAGGCUCCUGGACCUUCAGAUUUUUGGUUUGUGGUGGAGGAUUCCCUCUUCCGUCUUGACGGCUGCAGCGAUCAGCUGUUUGGCCAAAGCCGAGCCCCGCCCACGAGCAGCUGACGGUCUAAAAACCUUCCAGCUUGGGGGGGAAAUUGUUGGAUUUGAAGGCGUCCCGGCGCCGUCGGGAGAUCUUUUUUAAGUAUGUAGGAGAUUGUUUUAGUUGAUAUUCCUCGCCGCACUCGUGGCGCCGCCUUCUGCAAACCCGCAGCCGUUCACCUCAUCAAACCUGAGAGCCCUUAAACCCGGAGAGACACCUGAGCCGUCGCUCCCCUCCGCCACGCUGACCUUUACCGACCUUCAGGCCUUUGGCCCCUCCCUGCUUGACCAAAGACGCCCCCUAUAGGUCAGUCCAGGAGUGUCCGUGCCACAAAACCACCGCCUACUUUACAAAAAGACGACUUGUGCCACCGCUGCAGUGUGCGCUUGUGUGCGUGCAUGUGUGUUUAUGAGUGUGUGCCUUUUCCAUCGAGGCCAGAUUUUAAAAAAAAGCAGAAAAGUGACGGGUAUUUUUGUUUUCCUUCCUCCUUUGGGGUUAAAACAUCAAGAUUGCUUUUUGAGCUGCAAGAAUCUCAGUAUUAUGUAAAAAUAAAAAAUGCAAUAUAGUUGUUAAAAAUGGAUGAAUACAAAAUUGGGGAUUUUUUUUUUUUUUCAAGGAAUCACAAACUUUAAAGAUGAACAUUCCUGCUUUUGUGUUGCUUUUUGUGUUUGUCCUUCUCUUUGUAGUGUGAUCUAGUGUUGUGCAUUUAUCACUACAAGCUGCAUUUCAGAGUUGAAGUGAAGGUUUGUGAGGCUGGAAGCUGCGCAGCUGCGGCUGCGACUGCGGCUGCAGCUGUCUGGCUUUGAUUCCUGUAGAACUGGAAGGCGGAUUAUCUUGUGAAGCGCUCGUGUUGUGUGAUGACUCUAGAUGAAUGAAGCCCUCCUUCAGGGACGAGCACUUGUGCCAUUACCCCCUCUGUUUGUUUCUAACAGCCACACCUCCCCUUUUGAUACCCUAACAUUUCAUUUGACAUGUCGACUAAUUGAAAAUGACAAUCCCCUUUUGUCAUGUUGGGUGCAAAAUGAUUUCUGUUUUAGUUUUGAUAUUUUACACUGCACAAAUGUUUCUACAAUGCUUUUGUAAACAUUUCUAGUGUAUUUCCAAAAAAAGAGAGAAAUAAAAGUUGCAGUAAAGUGCAAAAAGUC